AUGAGCUCUAAAGCAUUAUUCUCCCCCAUCAAAGUCGGUACCAACACUCUCAAGCACCGUGUUGUCCUUGCUCCGUUAACUCGUUUCCGUGCUACUCCUGAAGCCGUACCUACUGAUCUCCAGGCCAAAUAUUACGAGCAGCGUGCUUCUGACGGCGGUCUCUUGAUCACUGAAGCUACCUUCAUCUCUCGACUUGCUGGUGCCUACCCUCAAGCACCUGGUAUCUUCAACAAGGAACAAAUUGAAGGCUGGAAGAAGGUAACAUCUGCUGUCCAUGCCAAAGGCGGCGUCUUCUUUUUGCAACUGUGGCACAUUGGCCGUGUGGGAUCAAAGUGCCUCAACCCCAAUCAAGAACAAGUUGUAAGUGCUUCUGAUAUCCCUUGUCCCGGUAAGGCUCUGACAGGCGCUGAUCAUGAAGUUCCUCGUGCUCUUACUAUUGAUGAAAUCAAAUCCAUUGUGGAUGAGUAUGCUCAAGCCGCCAAGAAUGCUAUUGAGGCUGGUUUCGAUGGUGUAGAGAUUCACGGUGCCAAUGGCUAUCUUGUGGAUCAGUUCAUCAACAACUCUAGCAACAACCGCACUGACAUUUAUGGCGGAUCUGUGGAGAACCGUGGUCGAUUUGCGUUGGAAGUGGUCGAUGCUGUUGCUGCAGCUGUUGGUGAGGAACGCACCGCUAUUCGCUUCUCUCCUGGAGGUGCUUUCCAAGGCAUGGCCACGGAUGAUGUUGAGGCAACGUGGGGUUACUUGGUCUCCGAAUUGCAAAAGAACCAUCCUAAACUAGCCUAUUUACAUCUGAUCGAGUCUCGCGCCGACUUGCAAACGCCUGAUCACAAGAACACUACCGACACUUUAGAGAGCUAUAGGAAGAUUUGGAAAGGGCCCUUCAUUACUGCUGGUGGUUUCUCUACUUCUCUUGAAUUCGGUAACGAAAUUGCUGAAAAGACUGGCGAUUUAGUUGCUUAUGGUCGCGCUUUCAUUGCUAACCCUGAUCUCCCUGAGCGUCUUCGCAACGGCUGGGAACUGAACCCUUACAACAGAGAUACCUUCUAUAGCCAUGGUGCUGAGGGUUAUACUGAUUACACCUUUUACAAUGAAAAGAAAUAA